GCAGCUGACAGACGGACUGCAGAGCAAGCGCACCGCCACAACCUCUGCCUUCCAAGAGGGCGGAGAUAGCAAGGAGAGCGAGGAGACGAUGGCGUUAGCAAGGGGUACCCAGGUGCUGGCUGUGUUGUGUGCUACCGCGAGACAAGCGAGUGGGUUCGGACUCGGUAUCGGCCGCGUUGCCCCAAGAAACGUGGUUGUCGCUGGCGAUGCCGGGUCUGCCGCUGAAGUAACGACUCGACGAAGCGGUUACUGUUGCGGCCGGACCGUAGGGGCGAGCGGGGGGUUCACGACGGCGGUGGCUGUGGGAGAAGGCAUGUGGGGAACUGCAGCAGGGCAGGGGGGGGGGCGAACGCGGAGGGGAGUACGAAAUGGGGGCGCUCUCAUGAUGAACAGCGGCAACAAGGCGAGGAAGAAAGAGCAACAGUUUGCUGAGGGCAUGUCUCCCUCGGAUGGGGGCGACUACCCUGUGUGCGCCAUGGAAGACGACCCGACCCUUCCGGAGGUGUUGACCGCGGUCAAGGCAGCGGAUGAGCGCAAGGCGGGGAACAUCGUCGCUAUUCGGGUGGCAACGUUGACGGUGAUGACAGAGUUCAUGGUGGUGCUGGAGGGGAACAGCAGACCACAAAAUCAGGCCAUCGCGCAAAACAUCGAGGAGAAGAUGGAGGAGAUGCACCAGAGAAAAACGAAUUCGCAGGGAACUCCAGAAAGUGGUUGGAUCCUUCUCGACUAUGGGGACAUCAUCGUGCACAUCAUGACCCCCAAGAGCCGGAGCUACUACGACCUCGAAUCGUUCUGGUCAAACGGGGAGCGGGUCCCUCUGGACGGGGUGCUGAAGCCCAACGUCCCGGAGCCGGAAGUCGCCGUCGUGGAAGAGGUGGAUCCCUUCUGGUCGUAGAGGAGGGACAUGGCCACAAGGUGGACGGACCCAUCAGUUGCGAAGAAGUUGCAGCGACAAUCGAAUGCUGAGCGGGAAUGCUUGCUAGACGCGUUCCUCGUUUGAAAGUGCACGAUGAGGCAGAUGCGUCCAACACUUAGCAGAGAUAGGCGAAACAUGGGUGCGCGCUGCCAUGUACAUGCAGCGUCUGAUAACGGACGAAAACGGGCUGUGCGGUGACAGGGCAAUGAUGAACAUUGACGCCGUGCAAUUGCCUUGUUAUUGAUACCGUCUGCCAUUGGCAUCUAUCGUUGCUAGUCCAUGGAAUAGGCACGAGGGUGGGGGGGGUAGUUGAAGCUAUUUGCGAGUACCGGGAGAUGUCGCGGAGCGUCAGUGUACCAGUGUUGCUAGAUGCACAAGAUGCGGUCUCCCCGGUGGUUCAGUUGGGCCGGUUAGCCUUCUAACUCCCCUCUGGAUCGCCGCUUCGAAUUCUCUCUGGGACCAAUAAAAUCGGAAUCUAGAGGUAGAAGGCACCUAUUCACGAGAAAGUAAACUUAUGCC